CAAAAAAGUAAUUUGUCAAAAUUGUCAAGUUUCGUUGACAUUAUUGACGUUUCUCUUUACAAUUUUCUACCUUUCUAGGAGCACGUGGAAGCGUUAUUAGGGGUAAAUAUUAAUCUUAAUAUCACUAAUAUUACUGUAAUUAGUCAAAUACAUUAUUUCGCUGAUUAUUCAUGCACCCUACAUAGAUUGGUGUAACUGUAUCGCAAAAAGUAAACUGCAGAUGUUAACAUAACCUUAUCUGUUAAAGGCAAACAUGGUAGCCCAGAAGAAACAGAAAAAGGCCAUUGAGAGCAUAAACAGCCGUUUGGCUCUGGUAAUGAAAUCCGGGAAGUUCUGCUUAGGAUAUAAACAGACCCUAAAGACUCUCCGCCAAGGUAAGGCAAAGCUUAUCAUCAUAGCUAACAACACUCCCCCACUAAGGAAGUCUGAAAUUGAGUAUUAUGCCAUGUUGGCUAAAACUGGUGUCCACCACUACACAGGAAACAAUGUAGAAUUAGGAACAGCCUGCGGAAAAUACUUCAGGGUAUGUGCGAUGUCUAUCACAGAUCCUGGAGAUAGUGACAUCAUCAGGUCCAUGCCAGCUGGGGAUGGUGGAGCAUAAAUAAAUAUCUUUUUUUUUUCUGUAAUUAAGGUUCCAAUAAAAUCAUUAUAAAAAUUAUGUGGUU